GGCCGGGGCCGCUCAUGGUGUCGCCACGACGCCAUCGCGGCGCAGGACGGCCAGGUGAUUUGAAUUCUUCAGCCUGUAAUAUUCUCAACUGUGCAAAGCUUUCAAGCUUUUCUCUCCAAGACCUGGAAAGGGCCUUUAAAGGGAGACUGCAAAUGGUGUGGUUAUUUAUCAUGAACCGAAUGAAUUCCCAGAGCAGUGGUUUUACUCAGCGGAGGCGAAUGGCUCUUGGAAUUGUUAUUCUCCUACUUGUGGAUGUUAUAUGGGUUGCUUCAUCAGAACUUACUUCAUAUGUUUUUACUCAAUAUAAUAAACCAUUCUUCAGCACCUUUGCAAAAACAUCAAUGUUUGUUUUAUACCUCUUGGGCUUUAUUAUUUGGAAGCCAUGGAGGCAACAGUGCACACGAGGAUUUCGUGGAAGACAUGCUGCUUUUUUUGCAGAUGCUGAAGGUUACUUUGCUGCUUGUACUACGGAUAAUACCAUGAAUAGUUCUUUGAGUGAACCUCUGUAUGUUCCUGUGAAAUUUCAUGACUUGGCAAGUGAAAAACCUGAAAGUACAAAUGGUGAGAAUGAAAAAACACUUAAAAAAUCUCGUGUAAGGUUCAGUAACAUUAUGGAGAUCCGACAACUUCCAUCAAGCCAUGCACUGGAAGCCAAGUUAUCUCGAAUGUCAUAUCCUGCUGUGAAAGAACAAGAGUCAAUCCUGAAAACUGUAGGAAAACUAACUGCAACUCAAGUAGCAAAAAUCAGCUUUUUCUUUUGCUUUGUGUGGUUUUUGGCAAAUUUAUCAUAUCAGGAAGCACUUUCAGACACCCAAGUUGCUAUAGUUAACAUCUUGUCUUCAACUUCUGGGCUUUUUACUUUAAUCUUAGCUGCAGUGUUUCCAAGUAACAGUGGAGACAGAUUUACUCUUUCUAAACUAUUAGCUGUCAUUUUAUGCAUUGGAGGUGUUGUGCUGGUAAACCUUUCAGGGUCUGAGAAAUCAGCUGGAAAAGAUACAAUAGGUUCCAUUUGGUCUCUUAUUGGUGCCAUGCUUUAUGCUGUCUAUAUUGUUAUGAUUAAGAGAAAAGUAGACAGAGAAGAUAAAUUGGAUAUACCAAUGUUCUUUGGUUUUGUAGGUCUCUUUAAUCUGCUGCUGUUAUGGCCGGGCUUCUUUUUACUUCAUUAUACUGGAUUUGAGGCCUUUGAGUUUCCCAAUAAGUUAGUGUUAAUGUGCAUUGUCAUUAAUGGCCUAAUUGGAACAGUUCUCUCAGAGUUGCUGUGGUUAUGGGGCUGUUUUCUUACCUCAUCCCUGAUUGGCACACUUGCACUAAGCCUUACAAUACCUCUGACCAUAAUAGCUGAUAUGUGCUUGCAAAAGGUGCAAUUUUCCUGGUUAUUUUUUGCAGGUGCUAUCCCUGUAUUUUUUUCAUUUUUCAUUGUAACUCUACUAUGCCAUUAUAAUAACUGGGAUCCAGUGAUGGUGGGAGUCAGAAGAAUUUUUGCCUUUAUUUGUAGAAAACAUCGAAUUCAGAGAGUCCCAGAGGAUAAUGAACAGUGUGAGAGUCUCAUUCCUUUGCACAGUGUUUCUCAGGAGGAUGGAGCUAUCUGCUGUUCAUAAAUAAUAGCUUGAUGAUGAAGCACUAUACAGCGAAGAGACAAUCUCCGACAAGGUUACAUAGAAAAAAUAUUUCAGUGCCUACUCCAAAAUGAAUAAUAAUAGUUUCAGUUCUUUGAAACUCUAAAAUACAUAUUUUCUCCUCAUUCUUGUUUUGUUAAGUUUUAUAAUGAACUAUUUUGCUACAAAUGGAUAUCAAUACAAGUAUAGGAUAUUCCACUCCAUCUGAAGAACCAACUUGCCUUACAGAUCUCAUGGGGUUCAGUUGGUGAAAUUAUCAAGGAAGAAAAUGCUGAUGUUAAAGAGACUUUGUUUUUACAUUUUUGUUAAAUGCUGGACUAUGGAGCUAUAUAUAAGAAAUCUUUAAAGUCUGUAGAUCAGUGUUUGUUUUAGGGGAGAUGCAAAAGGCUAAGGUGCCUUGUAGGUACAGAUUAUAUUUUUGUGUUGUGUAAACCAUUGAAUAUAAACACCACAGAAAUAUAGUUUAAUUUAUGAAAUAAUACAUUUUCUGAAUCUGAGAUUGAAAAAAAUAAAUCUUUGGAACAGGUUCUUUUGUUCUCUUACACUACAUAUACUAUGUUAUCUUUGUAAGAAUUUUCUGUAGCAUUAUGUGCCUUGUGUGUUAUAAAUUCGACGACCCAGAGCAAGUUUUUAAAGGGGAAAUAGUGUUAUAUGAGGGAGGAUUAAGUACUUCUCAAGGUUAUUGAUAUAUAAACUUGACUUGCUAAAGCUGUGCUUGCUGUAAAGAUUGGAAGAAAUGGUCACUUUUCAAUGAAGAAAUUUUCAUAAUGGAAUAAUUUAGAUUGAUGAGAUAUGGCCCGUUAUUAAAAUAAAAUACUGUUUAAACUGUUA